AUGGGCGAUCUCGUAUUUCGCACGCUUCGCAACCUGCACCUGCACCUGCUCGAAAACGUGCAGAUCGACGCGCAGCAGGCGAGCGUCGAGCGGCAGGUGCUGCGGCUCGACGACGAGAAGGCGCUGCUCGAGGCGGAGCGCGACCUGCUGCGCCGCGAGCACCUGCUGCUGCGCGCCGACGAGGAGGCGCUCGAGCGCGUCGAGGCGGAGCUCCGCGCGGAGAAGCUUGCGCUCGAGGCGGACCGCGACCGCCUCAUGGCGCAAGGGCAGUACCUCGCCGCUGCUGCCGCCGCCGCCGCGGCGGAAGCGAUGGGGGGAGCAAGAGGGGGAGCUGAAGCGAGCCCGGCGGGGGAGGUAUUGGCGGAAGCGGAAGACGAGAUUGCGCGGGGGUGCUCUUCGAGCGGGGAAGGAAGCGGCGGCUCAGGGCCGGGGGAGGGGAGGGGGAAGAGGGGGGAUUGCGUGGGGUGCGGGGAGUGCCUGUGCGCGGUAGAAGUCGUGGAGGCGGAGGGGAAGCUGGAGGCUUCCGCGUGUGUGGCGGGGAUGCGGUGGAAGGGCUCCGCCGCAGCGUGGGGAGGCUUGCGCGGAGAGCACCUUCGCGCAACGGGGGCUUGCCCGCGCGCCCUUGCUGCGCACAAUAGCGGCUCUGCUUCCGCGCGAGAGAGCUGCGCGCAUGCUGCUUCCUGCGCGCCCUCCGCUUCUGAUUCCCCUCUAGAUGAAGCAGCAGGUGCGCCCGCGCGCAGCACCCCACUUGCAGCAACAGAAGGAGACAAAUCUGUUGGCGGGAAAUGGCGGCUGAAAUUCGAAGCGGCCGCAGCUAGGGCUGCUGACACGGCUGGCCUGGCGGAAAGCCUGCUGUUUGACAGGUCAGCACGGCCGGCUGCUGACGUGGCUGGCCCAAGUGGAAGCCAGCUGUUUGACAGGUCAGCACGGCCGCCUGCGGCUCAGUCAAGCCGGUCGGCCGAGGAACGAUGGAUAUAUAACCCUUUGGCUUCAGCUGCGGUGCCUACCACUGUUGCAGUAGCGCCAGCAGCAGAAGCAGCAGCGGCAACAGUGGAACCAGCAGCAGCAGCAGUGGUGGUGGCGGCGCUCCGGUCUCACGAGUCGCAGGGUGAGUCAUUGCCACCGCCAGAGACGAGCGGUGCGGUGGGAGCAGAUGAAGAUGAAUCCAGGGGCAGCGGUGCAGAGGCUGGGGUGGCGUGUGGGCGUGCAGAGGGGUCAAGUGGGGCAGAGGGCGAGGUAACUAGUGGCACCGGUGCAGAUUCAGGCGAGGGACAGGAAGAGGAGACGCGGCAGGUAGUUUGUCAGCCGCAGCCGGCGCCAGAGGCGCUGGCGUCGCAGCUAGGGUGGCUGGUGCAGCGGGAGCAGGAGGAGACGCAGCUUACUCAGCAGCAACAGACACUUCCUCCGCCUCAGCAGCAGCAUGGUCAUCCUCCGCCCCAGCCGGCGCCAGAGGCGCUGGCGUCACAGAUAGGGACGCAACAGACGCUUCCUCCCCCCCAGCCGGCGCCAGAGGCGUUGGCAUCGCAGCUAGGCCGGCUGGUGCAGCGCGAGCAGGUGGUGGUGGCGCUGAUUCAGAAGGCCAUCGCGCAGCACAAGGUGGUGCUGGCUCGCUGCGACAUGGCGUCCGUGCGCUACGAGACGCUCAUCGUGCGGCGCGACGCGGUUACCGCGCAGUACAACCUGGUGCUACGGCUGAAGAAGCAGAUGAUCGAGGACAUGAAGCAGUUCAAGGCGGAGCGGGAGAGGACCGACGACUGGCGCGUGGGGGGAUUGGGUGGUCUGCCGUCUUGGAAAUCAUUCAGGAGGUCAGCAGGGGUUUUAGGGAGAGCUGUGGUGGUGAGGGCUGCUGUUGAAGGGGCUGCGGUGGUCAUGUUCGAGUGGUCUCAUCAAGUCACCGAGGAGGACCUUCCCAUUACCGUGGCAGGGAGGUGCAUGGCCACAGACCGCAGUUUGCAUCGAGCACUGAUGAGGGAGCUGGUUGCCUAG